AAGAGAGAGAGAGAUACGGAGGGGGCUAGAGGAUUUUCCUUUUGGCGAUGCGUUACAAAUCUGCUUCGGACUCACUCUUUAUCAGCUAGUCGAAGUUGUUACUCCUCGUCCACCCUGGUCUGUUGUCUUCAAGAUAAAAGCGCUGGGAAUAAACCUUGAAGACAUGACGUGGGGCACAGAUUUGUGGGACCAGUAUGAUAACAUUGAGAAACACACACAGUCAGGUUUGGACCUGAUGGACCGCUAUGUGAAGUUUGUUAAAGAGAGGACCGAGAUCGAGCAAGCCUACGCCAAACAACUCAGAUCUUUGACAAAGAAGUUCACAAGACGAGGUGGUAAAGAUGAAGCCGAGUUCAAGUUCACCAAUCACCAGGCGUUUCAGGAAGUCCUGACAGAGCUGAAUGACUACGCCGGGCAGAGGGAGGUCGUGGCCGAGAACAUGACUGUCAACAUCUGUGCCGAGCUCACCAAGAUCCUCUUCGAGCUCAAACAAGAGCGAAAGACUCACCUGUCUGAUGCCAAGAAAGCCCAACAGAACCUGGAGAUCACACUAAAACAGCUGGAGACUAGUAAGAAGCGCUUUGAGAAGGAGUGGAAGGAAGCUGAAAAGGCCAACCAACAGGCUGAGAGAGUAGAGCAGGACAGCAGCUCUACCAAAGCCGACGUGGACAAGGCCAAGCAGCAUGCACACAUGCGCACGCACAUGGCGGAUGAGUGUAAGAAUGACUACGCCGCCCAGCUUCAGAAGUACAACAAAGAACAGAACCAGUUCUACUACAGCGAGAUCCCCAGCAUAUUCAAUAAUCUGCAGGGCCUGGAUGAGAAGCGCAUCAGGAAGUUGUCUGAGGGCUACGCUCUUUUUGCUGACACUGAGAAACAGGUUAUGCCCAUCAUCACCAAAUGUCUUGAUGGCAUCAGCAUGGCAGGUAGCAAGACCAAUGAGAAGCAGGACUCGCAGCUCUUCAUAGAGCAGCAUAAGUCAGGGCUGGUGCCUCCUUCUGACGUGGACUUUGAGGACUGCAGUCAGGGCGUCAAGGCCGCCAGCUCAGAGAAUGCGCUUAACAUGCCCAAAGUACGUAUCAAGGACUUCUUCAACAAGAGGAAGCACAAGAACUCUAGAGAAGAGAAGACGCCCCCUCCAGCUGAGGACUUCUCCCACUUGCCUCCGGAGCAGAGGAAGAAGCGUCUGCAGCAGAAGGUGGACGACAUCGGCAAAGAGCUCCAGAAGGAGAUGGAUCAGAGUGAGGCCCUGGAGAAGAUGAAGGGUGUGUAUGUGAAGAACGCCCAGCUGGGCGACCCCUCCAGCCUGGAGCCUCAGAUUCUGCAGACGGCCCAGAACGUCAGCAGACUGAAGGGAGAUCUGGCCAAAUAUGAGUCCUGGUUGAACGAGGCUGGAGGAGUGUUAGAGAACAUCAGCUCCCAAAUCAACAACAACUUGAACAGUUCUGCUGGUAGCAAUAUAAUGGCUGCCCCAACUGUGCAAGACCCUGGGGUGUAUGAGGACGGCUUCUACGAAGACUUUGAUGACGAAGAACCUGAAGUGCCCUUGGGCCAGUGCUCGGCCCUAUACAGCUUUGAUGGCUCCAGUGAGGGCACCAUCUGUAUACAGGAGGGCGAGCAGCUCAGCGUGAUGGAGGCGGACCAGGGCGACGGCUGGAUGCGUGUGCGCCGCGUCAACGGAGACGAGGGUUACGUGCCCUCUACCUACAUCAAGAAGAACUGA